CGCUCCCAGGCUAUCUCAGGAACCUGUCCGGCCUCCCGACGUGAUCCGCCCUUUGCUCGCUAUCGUCUUCCUUAGUCGCUGUCUACCGUGUGCGCUGAACCCGUUAGCAAACAAGCAGAGAGGAGCUCACCGCCGGCAUCGGCCGCUCACGAGUGUAUACAUGCACCAUGUCAACCACCAGUCCGCUUACACAAGCCGUCGAUGGUGUGCAGGAACCUCCAAGGUUCUUGAUUAUCGGCGCCGGUUCGAGGGGCCAAACUUAUGCCCGUUGUGUAAGAUCGUCAACCAACGGCGUGGUCGCGGCCAUUGCGGAACCAGAUGACUACAAGAGGAACCGCUUUGGCGAGACCAUGAUAUGGGGCUCUCAAGCGCCUCCGCCAGAGGGGGCUGCCUUCCGCGACUGGCGUGAAUUUGUCGCAUACGAAGCACGCCGCCGGGCUCGUGCCGAAGCCGGCGAGAAGGACGUUCCCCCUGGCGUCGACGCUGUCUUCGUUUGCGUGCUGGAUGAGAUGCAUCGCGAAGUGGUUGUCGCGCUCGCCAGGCUGGGAGGGCUUCACAUCAUGUGCGAGAAGCCGCUGGCGACCACUCUCCAAGACUGCAUCGAGAUGUACAGGGCUCUGCAAUCCAAUACGGUUGCCGGGGGCCAACAAGCCGUGUUCUCUAUAGGGCACGUUCUGCGCUACAGUCCGCACAACAUGCUGCUUCGCAAGCUGGUCCUCCACGACCGUGUCAUUGGGGACAUCCAAUCGGUUGUGCACACAGAGCCGGUGGGGUGGUGGCACUUCGCCCACAGCUACGUCCGCGGGAACUGGCGCCGGGAGCGCACUUCGGCUCCGAGCCUACUCACCAAGAGUUGCCACGACAUCGACAUGCUGCUGUGGUUGCUGUGCUCGCCGCCGGAUCCCUCGGCCCGGGACAGCCUUCCGCCCCACCAGCCGGCCGCGAUCGCAAGCACCGGUUCGCUGCAGUACUUCAAGCGGAGCCGCAAACCGGCGGAAGCUGGCGCCGCCACUAACUGCUUGUCGUGCGGCGCCGAACCUCGAUGCAAAUACUCGGCAAAGCGAAUCUAUGUCGGGAAAGACCUGGUAGGCGUCGAGUCGGGCAACAGGGGGUGGCCUGUGAGCAUUGUGCUCCCGGAUAUCGAGUCCUACGGAAGCCAGUCUGAAGCACGCGAGGCUAUGCUCGCCGAGCUGGCCAGGGACUACGACGCCGACACGCCGGACGCGGAAGUGGCGAGCCGGAACUGGUUCGGCAGGUGCGUCUUCGAGAGCGACAACGAUGUCUGUGACGAACAGGUAGUCACCAUCAGCUGGGACGACGAUCCGCUGCCGGUAAAGGGGGGAAGCAGCGGGCGCAAUGCUAAGACAGCCGUCUUCCACAUGGUUGCCCAGACGAAAAGAAUCUGCGAGCGGUAUACGCACCUGUACGGAGAGCACGGCGAGAUCUUUGCCGAUUCAACCACCAUCACUAUCGAGGACUUCCGCACUGGAAAGACAGCCGUCCAUCGCCCCGAAAUCGAGAGCCACGGCCAUGGUACGUUGGGUCCGAGAAUUGCUUUUGUCUCCAUCGAUGCUCUCCCGGAAGCCAAAGUGGCUACCCACCCCUCCCCGAUCCCAGGGAAGUGACUCUGUGGCUGACAU